UUCUCAUCUCCAUUCUCAUCCACUCCCAAAGACAGAGAAGCCACAAAAGGAGAUGGAGGAUCCGCGUGAGCCUCACGUGCUCAUCCUCCCCUUCCCGGCGCAAGGCCACACCAAGCCCAUGCUCUGCCUCGCGAAGCUCCUCGCCUCCGCGGGCGUCCGCGUCACCUUCCUCAGCACCCACCACAACCGCUGCAGCCCCUCCUCUUCUCCCUCUCCCCUCCUCCGCUUCGUGUCCAUCUCCGACGGCUUGCCUGACGACCACCCACGAAGCUUGGAACUGAUCGGAGAGUUCCUCCUCUCGAUCAAGACGGCGAUGAAAGCUCGCUUGCGGGAGUUCCUGCUUUCCGAAAGUGCAGAGCCUCCACUGACCUGCGUCAUAGCGGACGGGAUCAUGUCGAUCGGCAUUGAUGUCGCGGAGGAGCUCGGCGUUCUGGCCAUCUCGUUCCGGACAUUUAGCGCUUGCUGCUUGUGGACUUUCUUCUGCGUUCCCACCUUCAUUCAUGAGGGCAAGCUUCCAUUUCCUGAUGAUGAUCUGGACAAGGAGUUCCAUGGCUUGCCGGGAGCCGAAGGCCUCCUGCGACGGAGAGACCUACCAAGUAUGUGCAGAUCCCAGAUCGAGAGCAACCCAUAUCGGUAUUUCCUAGACGAAACCACUACCAUGACCCGAGCUUCUGCUCUCAUACUCAACACAUUCGACACCCUCGAAGGUCCGAUGCUCUCUCGUCUCACCACCAUUUUCGCCAAUGUCUAUGCAAUCGGGCCCCUCCACGCCCUGGCCGCCGAAUCCGACAUCGGGCAUUCGUCGGGACGUACCGCAUUCGUAGGCAGCCUUCGGAUCGAAGACCGAAGUUGCAUGACGUGGCUCGACUCGCAGGCAUCGAGAUCGGUAGUCUACGUGUCGUUCGGGAGCUUGGCGAAGAUCACGAUUGACCAGUUGAUGGAGCUUCGGCACGGCCUUGUCGAUGGCGGGAGACCGUUCUUGUGGGUCUUAAGGGAGGACGCGAUCUUGGGAGAGAACGAGGAGACUGUGAAAUCACUACUAUCUGAACUGAAAGUCCCCAGCGAAAGACGAUGCGUUGUGAAUUGGGCGCCGCAAGAAGAGGUGCUCGCCCACCCUGCCGUCGGGGGUUUCUUGUCGCACGGCGGGUGGAACUCGACCUUGGAGAGCAUAGCGGCCGGGAUCCCAAUGAUUUGUUGGCCUCACACGGGAGAUCAACAAAUUAAUAGUAGGUGGGUGAGCGAAGUAUGGAAAAUCGGGCUUGACAUGAAGGAUACUUGCGACAGAUCGACGGUCGAGACCAUGGUUAGGACAUUGAUGGAGGACAAGAAUGAGGAGAUUAUGAAGUCGAUGGCUAGGAUUUCGGCAUUGAGUUCGGCUAGUGUUGUCUCGGAGGGAUCUUCGUCAAAGAACUUGGGAAGACUAAUUGAAAAUUUAAGGAAGAUUGGUCGAACAAGUAGAGCUAUUAGCAGAUGAUUCAAUGUAAAUCUCCCAAAUCUAAAUAGUUCUAGAGAAAAUUUCAAAUAAGGGC